AUGCAUUCACAUUUACAUACCAAGGACAAUGUCGGGUGCGAGGAGAUCAUGAACGCCCUCGAUGAGUGCCACGCACGAGGCUUCCUCUACAAAGCCAUUGGUGGCUGCAACGACAUUAAGACACAAGUCACCAAAUGCCUCUCCGGAGAACGAUCGAAGAAAAGCAGCAAGAACAGAGAGACGGGCUUACAGAGACGGCAUAGGAUAGAGGCGGUUUGGGCAAAGAUGGACGAGGGCGAUUAUUCGGCGCUCGAAGAAUUCACGAAACGGAAAUGA